AUGUCAAGCAAUUUCCUCGGCAACCUCAAUCAGGUAUGCAUUGCCACACCGAAUUUCAAAAAGACCCUCGACGAGCUAGGUACAGUCGGCAUGGGACCUUUCCAGAUAUAUCACUUCAAUUCCAAAACCGUUUCGGAUCAGAAAUAUUACGAGCAGACAGGGGCCGAUUUAUAUGAGAUAGACGUGGCCUUUGCGUAUAACCCCGAUCCAAAGGCUCCAGUUAUCGAGGUUAUGCACCACAAAAAGGGAAAGUCUGUUAUUAAAGAUUACCUGGACAAGCACAACAACAAAGAGGGAGUGCAAAGUAUUGCUUAUACCAUGGGCACCUCGACAAUGGAUCAACGCAUUGAAGAAAUGAAGAAAAAAGGCUACAAGCCUGCUACGUCAGGCUACUUCAUUGGCAAAAAGGGCGGAACGAAAUUCUGCUUCUUUGAUACCGCCGACAAUGACCGCGUUCCAACUUGCUUCGAGACGAUCGAGUGGUCGAGUGAUUGGGUAGCGCCAGACCCUGAGUGGUACCCAAAUAAGCCAUCAGAGGCAUAG